AUGUUUGCCGUCUACUGCGGAAACGGAUUCCCGCAAAGUGGGGUGAACCGUGCUCCUAUUGUGGCCCUUGUUGAUCCAGUGUAUGACUGCCUCAUUAGGUUGGCUAAGCCAGACUCCUUAUUGAAUGAGGAAGAGGUGGACUGCUUGGUAUUACAGCUCCAUCGUGUUGGUGAACAGCUGGAGAAAAAGAACUCCCGGCGCAUGGAUCAGCUGUUUUACUUACUGAGGGAUGGAUUUCUCCUUCAGGAAGGGAUCAGCUCUAUGACCAGGCUUUUGCUCCUAGAGAUCCUGGAGUUCAGGGCCAGUGGCUGGACACUCACUGACACUGCGCAACAGUACUACUACAGUGAAGUAGCAGAUUGAGGGUGACUGAAGAGAGAAUUUGUUCUUAAAGAAGUCAAGACCUUGCCGGCAUCAGGGUUUGAGACAUUCAGCAUUCAUAGAAGGUCUGGUGUGACUUCUACAUGGGUGAAAGUAGUGGAAACCCCAUGUAAUGGCACUCUGGAUCAAUAUGGCAGAGCUCACAGGUCAUGCAUGUGUUCAGAGUGCAGUUAGCCCAGAUUUUUCAGAUUUGGUUGUGUUCUCUCUUUACAGUCAGCAUCUUGGCAUGGUGAAGGUGCACAUGAUGAUGGUUCGACAAUUUAAUGCAAUAACCAAAAGCAAUCGCUACUCGCCACAAAACUGUGAGCCAUCUACAGUAUUCAUGGCAAUUGCCUUUCCCAUUUUCGGUUGUCCAUUAGAAUUUUAAUACAAUGUAUACUCUAGAAUUUUACAGUGAAGGAACCCCAGUGGAAGAUUCUGUGACCUUUAUCUGUGUUGUUAAUACAAUGGGGUACAUUGUAAAACUUAUUUUUUUAUAGUAAUUUAUCAAAUAGGCUGUAUUCUAAAAAUGUCUACAAUGUGAAGUUUUGUGUAUGGGCAAACGUGAGAUGUUCAGCCAUGUGGUGUGUAUCAAGGCUUUUACAUAAAAUU